AUGAAAUUACGAACUUUGUCUCCAUUAUUAUCUCAAGCUAACAUAAAUAUCUCAAGAAUAUUGGUCUUUCCCACUAAUGUUUUCAUGGUAAGACAGUUUCAUAACACCAUUCCUCAGUUAGUUGGUUAUAGGAGAUGGAAUGAAUUGACUAAAAGGGAUAGACAGAAUUUUAUUAGGCGUUACGUUGUAUUGUAUAAAGAAAAGCACCCAUGUAGCAAAAGUAAUGUGAUGUACAAAGGUUUGGCUAGUGAUAUGGAAGAACAUGAUGAUACUCCAUUUGUUUUUGGUAUUAUGUAUAAUGAGUUGAUAGAUGUAGCUUUGAAUAAAUCCAAGCAUAACGUCAAAGGCGUUGGUCCAAUGGGGGAUGCUGAUUUUUUCAAACUAUUAUAUAAAUAA